AUGCCAUUUGUUUUAGAUGGUUUAAUAACGAAGGUGGCAGCAACAAACUACAAUGACCCACCCCAGGUGGCAACAACAAACCCCAAUGACCCACCCCAGGUGGCAACAACAAACACCAAUGACCCACCCCAGGUGGCAACAACAAACCCCAAUGACCCACCCCAGGUGGCAACAACAAACUCCAAUGACCCACCCCAGGUGGCAACAACAAACCCCAAUGACCCACCCCAGGUGGCAACAACAAACCCCAAUGACCCACCCCAGGUGGCAACAACAAACCCCAAUGACCCACCCCAGGUGGCAACAAACUCCAAUGACCCACCCACAGUAGGCAACAACAAACAGCAAUAG